UGUGGGACGCGGGAGCCCGGCGCCCGAGGUCGGGGAGACGGCCUGCGGACCCCGCUACUCGCCGCUGAGAAGGAUCCGGGUGGACGAGGGUCUCGGGAUGACCGGAGGGUGGAUCCUGACAUUCGGUGCCCGGGAGACACCUGGGGGUGGGGGGCUGCCGGUCUCCGAGACGAGGGUCGGGGGGCGGGGAGGAUUCCGACUUCAGAGCUCGGAGACCGGAAACUGGCUUCUGGAUCCGAAGAGACUCGCAGAACGGGAGAUGCCAUGGACAAUAUUGCUAGACAGAACCAAUUCUAUGAGACCCAAGUCAUCAAGCAAGAAAACGAGUCAGUCUACGAGAGGAGACCACUGGAAAUGGAGCAGCAGCAGCAGGCCUAUCGCCCAGAAGUGAAAACAGAGAUGAAGCCAGAAGCACCCACUAGCUUCCUCCCGCCUGAAGCUUCUCAGCUCAAGCCAGACAGACAGCAAUUCCAGAGUCGCAAGAGGCCUUAUGAAGAAAACCGAGGACGGGGGUAUUUUGAGCACCGAGAGGAUAGGAGGGGCCGCUCUCCUCAGCCUCCUGCUGAAGAAGAUGAAGACGACUUCGAUGACACCCUUGUUGCCAUUGAUACAUAUAACUGCGACCUCCACUUCAAGGUGGCCCGAGAUCGUAGUAGUGGCUAUCCACUCACAAUUGAGGGCUUUGCAUACCUGUGGUCAGGAGCCCGAGCCAGCUAUGGGGUCAGAAGGGGCCGUGUAUGCUUCGAGAUGAAGAUCAAUGAGGAAAUCUCCGUGAAGCACCUUCCAUCUACAGAACCUGACCCCCAUGUUGUCCGUAUCGGCUGGUCCCUGGACUCCUGCAGCACCCAGCUAGGCGAAGAGCCUUUCUCCUAUGGCUAUGGAGGCACUGGGAAGAAGUCCACCAAUAGCCGAUUUGAAAACUACGGAGACAAGUUUGCAGAGAAUGAUGUGAUUGGCUGCUUUGCGGACUUUGAAUGUGGAAAUGAUGUGGAACUUUCCUUUACCAAAAAUGGAAAGUGGAUGGGCAUUGCCUUCCGAAUCCAGAAGGAGGCCUUGGGGGGUCAGGCCCUCUACCCUCAUGUCCUGGUGAAGAACUGUGCAGUGGAGUUCAACUUCGGGCAGAGGGCGGAGCCCUACUGUUCUGUCCUCCCAGGAUUUACCUUCAUUCAGCACCUUCCCCUAAGUGAGCGAAUCCGGGGCACCGUUGGACCAAAGAGCAAGGCAGAAUGUGAGAUUCUGAUGAUGGUGGGCCUGCCUGCUGCCGGCAAGACCACGUGGGCUAUUAAACAUGCAGCCUCCAACCCUUCCAAAAAGUACAACAUCCUUGGUACCAAUGCCAUCAUGGAUAAGAUGCGGGUGAUGGGCCUACGCCGGCAGCGGAACUAUGCUGGCCGUUGGGACGUCCUGAUCCAGCAGGCCACCCAGUGCCUCAACCGGCUCAUCCAGAUUGCUGCCCGCAAGAAACGCAAUUAUAUCCUCGAUCAGACAAAUGUUUAUGGGUCAGCCCAGAGACGAAAAAUGAGACCAUUUGAAGGCUUCCAGCGCAAAGCUAUUGUAAUUUGUCCCACUGAUGAGGACCUGAAAGACCGAACGAUAAAGCGAACUGACGAGGAAGGGAAGGAUGUCCCAGAUCAUGCGGUCUUAGAAAUGAAAGCCAACUUCACAUUGCCAGAUGUUGGGGACUUCCUGGAUGAGGUUCUGUUUAUUGAGCUGCAGCGGGAGGAAGCAGACAAGCUGGUGAGGCAGUACAACGAGGAAGGCCGCAAGGCUGGACCACCGCCUGAAAAGCGCUUUGAUAACCGAGGUGGUGGUGGCGGCUUCCGGGGCCGCGGGGGUGGUGGCGGCUUCCAGCGUUAUGACAACCGAGGUCCUCCUGGAGGCAAUCGAGGAGGCUUCCAGAACCGAGGGGGAGGCAGCGGUGGAGGAGGCAACUACCGAGGAGGUUUCAACCGCAGCGGAGGUGGUGGUUACAGUCAGAACCGCUGGGGUAACAACAGCCGGGAUAACAACAACUCCAACAACCGAGGCAGCUACAACCGGGCUCCCCAGCAACAGCCACCACCACAGCAGCCUCCGCCACCACAACCACCACCCCAGCAGCCACCGCCACCCCCCAGCUACAGCCCUGCUCGGAACCCACCAGGGGCCAGCAGCUAUAACAAGAACAGCAACAUCCCUGGCUCGAGCGCCAAUACCAGCACCCCCACCGUCAGCAGCUACAGCCCUCCACAGCCGAGUUACAGCCAGCCACCCUACAACCAGGGAGCUUACAGCCAGGCCUACACAGCCCCACCGCCUCCACCUCCGCCACCACCUGCCUACAACUAUGGGAGCUACGGCGGCUACAACCCGGCCCCUUAUACCCCACCACCACCCCCCACCGCACAGACCUACCCUCAGCCCAGCUAUAACCAGUAUCAGCAGUAUGCCCAGCAGUGGAACCAGUACUAUCAGAACCAGGGCCAGUGGCCACCAUACUACGGGAACUACGACUACGGGAGCUACUCCGGGAACACACAGGGCGGCACAAGCACACAGUAGCCAGUGUGUCCCAGAUGCUCCCGGAGGCCCCGCCGGCUUCCUCCACCAGCGCCUGCCUUGGUCCCUCCUCCACCCCAACCAGGUCCCGUGGUGCUGGGGAUGGGGUCAUCCCGGGGCUGCCUCCCUCCAGCCCACUGCCUCCCCUCUGAGGGGCUUUUUCCCCCACCCAGGGCCAGGCAUUUUUCUCUGGAUUCAAACAGGCAACAAUGAUCUUUUAUUUUCUGUUUCCCCCGUCUCCUAAACUCCCACCUCCUGUUCUUCCUCCCCCUUUUGGACUCAAUAAUCCCUCCUCUCUCUUGGCCGUGCAGUGAGGCUACAGCGACUGAAGGGAGAAGCCCUUCCUAUUCACUCGUUCCGGUUCUGCUCCAGCCCCCUCAGCUUCCCAGACCUCCAUGCAGUUGGUUGUAAAUUCUUCCAGGAGCUGUUUUACUGUCUACUUUUCAGGAUUAAAAAAAAAAAAGAAAAAUCAAAAACUUAAAAAAAAAGUUUAAAAAGCAAAAUGUGGAGGGAGGAAGCAGUGACAUAUUUUUUUGGUAAUUAUGCUUUUUUUUAAUUUUUAGAAUUUGUCUGUUUUUACUGUGGGUCGGCUGUCGAUAUUUCAUCAAGAUAACCUUUUUUUUUUUUUUGCUGAGUUCAGGUGACAGAGGAAGAGCCACACCCUUGAAACAAAACAAAACACACAAAACAAAACCACAGAAUCAUCUUUAACCUAACUUUUUAUACAAUGUCUCAGUUCCCCCUAACUUUGCACACAAGCUUCUGUGUUCAGUUGAAUUGUAACUGCUUUUUGUAUUUGGAGAGAGUGUGACUAUUGAACUUGAAACCUUUUAUUCUAGGCCUCUUGGUAGUUUCUGGUGGGAUUAAGUGGGUAAGAGGGAAGAAGGGGAGGUGGUGGUGGGGGGGGCUCCUUCCCUUCAGAGCAUGAAGUUUUUCCCACUGCCUCCUCUCCAGUGGUCUCCCAGGGACCAGACCUAAAAGUUUUUCCCACGGUGAUCCUCUGAUUAUUUUUACUUCUCCUUGACCCAUAUGUUUUAACAGGAUUUUAACAAACUGCACUUAUUAAGAAAUAUGUUUGCCCUGUUUUGUUUUGUUUCAUUUUGUUUUCUUUCAAUAAAUGACAUGACACCUCUUA